GAGGCGAGAGCUCAGCGCCAAAUAGAAAACAGAGGAGAAAAGAGAGACAGAAGGAAGGGGAGCACAUUCAAUAUAACGAUAUGCUUGCUGGAGUGUUUUCUCGGCUGCUUAUCACCAUCUGAAAACCCCUGUGAGGUUGGAUUUCUUCUUGGCAGCUGCUUUUGGGGACUCUUUUUCUGCUUCUCGGUCUGGAUGUGGGCUUUAAGUCUGUCUGCAGUCAACCGAGGAGGAGGAUCAACUGACACCUUUUUGGGGAUUUACACUUUAAGGAGUAAACCUCCACUUGUGUGAGGGUGAGAGAGGGAGACUUAAAGAGAGAGAGAGAGAGAGAGAUAGAAGGGGGGUGGUGGGGAGACAGAGAGAGUGCCGGGCCAUGCCCACCUCUGCUCAUGGUUCAACAACAUGAAAGGGGGCCACCAUCACCAUCGCCACCACCGAGGCUGUGGCUGCCAACACUUGUUCCGUAAAGUCCUGGCCAAGUGUGGCUGCUGCUAUGCCCGAGUCAGAGACUCAUACUCGGCAGCAGGCAGCGAGGGCAGCAUCUCCACCUCUGUGGCAUCUCUGCCCCCACAGGCAUCAGGAAGCUCGGCCCCCAGCUCCCCGGGCUCCCGACGCUCUGUUAGCACACUGAAGAAGUGGCUCACAAACCCCGUCCGCAAACUCAGCGUCGGGGCCACAGCCAAAGGCGAGCGUCAGGUCCGCAAACUCGAGGGAAAGCCUCCGCCUCUUCCGUCCCACAGCCAUAGCCUAGAUCUGGGCAGCCCCCCGAGGCUUGAUGAGACUUUCACUAUCCUGCCCGUCACCCACAGAGAACUGGAGUGGAAAGAUGGCCUGGCAAGCCCUGAGGACCUGUCGCCGGCUACACUCCAGUCCCCCAGCUACAUAACUGACUCGCUGAUUGGCUGCACAUCACUGCCAAACACCCAGGACACUCAGUCCACCAGUGUUUUGCCAGAUGACAGCUGCUCUGUGUUAAUGGACGACACCUCCAGCCAAUGGUCAGCUGCGGCCGACACUGAGGAGGAGAGAAGGAGUGCCUUAGAGAAAAGCAUGUAUGUACUGAAGGAGCUUAUUGAGACAGAGAAGUACUAUGUGGUGGACCUGGGGCUCAUCGUGGAGGGCUACAUGGCCACAAUGCAAUCCAAAGGUAUACCGGAGGACAUGAAGGGAAAAGACAAGAUUGUUUUUGGAAACAUUCACCAAAUAUUUGACUGGCAUAAAGACUACUUCCUGGGAGAGCUGGAGAAGUGUUUAGCAGAGCCAGAGAGGUUGGCUCAGCUCUUCAUUAAACAUGAGAGGCGCCUGCAUAUGUAUGUCGUAUACUGUCAGAACAAGCCCAAGUCGGAACAUAUCGUCUCGGAGUAUAUCGAGACCUACUUUGAGGAGCUGCGGCAGCAGCUGGGCCACAGGCUGCAACUAAACGACCUGCUCAUCAAACCUGUCCAGAGGAUCAUGAAGUACCAGCUGCUGCUCAAGGACUUCCUGAAGUAUUACACAAAAGCUGGGAUGGACACAGAGGAGUUGGAGAAAGCAGUCGAAGUGAUGUGCUUUGUGCCAAAACGUUGCAAUGACAUGAUGAAUGUGGGCAGACUACAAGGCUUCGAGGGCAAGAUCACAGCCCAGGGCAAACUGCUCCAGCAAGACACCUUCACUGUGAUGGAGCAGGACAGUGGUUUCUUGUCCCGAGCCAAGGAAAGACGGAUCUUCUUAUUUGAGCAGCUGGUCAUCUUCAGUGAGCCAAUCGACAGGAAGAAAGGCUUCUCCAUCCCUGGAUACAUCUUUAAGAACAGCAUCAAGGUGAGCUGCCUGGGGGUGGAGCCCAGUGUGGACGGUGAUGACGCCCGCUUUGUACUGACGUCACGCAACCCUGAUGGGAGUAUAGUGCGCUUCCAGUUGCAAGCCUCCUCCCCGGAGACCUGCAGGGCCUGGGUCAAUGAUGUGGUUCAGAUCUUGGAAAGCCAGCGCAACUUCCUCAAUGCCUUACAGUCACCUAUUGAGUACCAGCGACGAGAGAGCAAGUCUAAUAGCCUGGGCCGCAGUAUGAGGCCCCCACUGUCUGCCGCCAGUGCCCUGCGGCCGCACUCCUCUGCCUCCAUUGACCGUCAUAAGCUGCCCUCCCUUCACUCUCACAACACCUCCCUGCCCACGCUCUACCUGCCCAGCCAAGGCCAGGGCCAAGGACCCAGCGAGACAUACUCACUGCGAGACCCCACUGUGGUCCAGCCAUGCCCUGCUGACUCCCACACUGUUUCUCCGUCACAUGUCCAACUGGGCUUCACUGAUCAGCCAAACUGUCAAGCUGUGUCAAAUGGGCUGUACACACCCACCACACAAAGCGCACAGCAGAGAGCAGGAGAGGGCUGCCGAAGAGGUCCAGCUGCUGAUGCAGGGAGCCAGGCUCCAUUGUCGGGCCCCUCAGCUGGACGACGCCCCAGCAACCUGGCUCAGCUGGCUGAGGAUGACCUAUGAACUCUGACACUUCCUGUCCCUUGGGUCAGGAGGACAACAGCUACCGCCACAGCUGGAGACAAGAGGACUUGUCUACUUUAUGCCAGGCUGAACCAUUAACCUGGUUCAUUCGUAGUUUCUUGAGGAUAAUGAAGGAACCUGGACAUAUGGAGGAAUUUUGGACUAUAGAAUGACCUUGCUCCUGUUUUUAGGGAGCCAUUCAGUGGGAGGUGACUAGCCUCGGCCACCUAGAGCGUACAUGAACAGCACCCAGUAGGACGUUACCGAGCUCAGAGUGAAAACACUCAGUGUUAUGACAAUUUCUGCUUUUUACCUUUUUUGAGAGUUUGUAUAUCGUACUCUUCUCUCUUUCAAAGGGCAAGGGGAACUUGUUUGAAGAAAUAUCCAUUCCUAAUUGGGGCGGUCACUGGAGUUACGUGUGUGCCUGAGUGUAUGCAGCAAUGUGUGGAUGUGUUUGAGUGCAUGAGAGUGUGCAGAGAGUGGCAGUGGCUCCUCUUGUACCUUCUGGUAAGUUUCCUUGAUAUUUUUUUUUCUGAUGCCCCAUUGUGAAGACCAGUACAGCUACAUUAAUACAUUUUGUCAUUCCCCUGCUGACAACUGCUGUUUGUGUCGACAAGAACGGGAAAGGCAGAACACUUGAUGUGAACACGCCACAAAGACUUCGAAUUUCCAACUGAAAGCGAAGAACUUUCUUUCUUGCCACAGUGGUGAGAGCCCCAGUGUGCUCUCUUAUUCUGUUUGACCAGCCCUUCUUUGAUCUGGACAAAAAAAAGGUGUGAGGGAGCCCCCUGGAGGUUUUCAGUGGGUAUGACGUCACUUUGGAAUACUUUUUGCUCUUUGGGCAACUCCAGAGGAGUUGUGAGAUACGCUAGGUGCAUUCAGAGGGACUGCUGUGCUGACCCUAAGUGUUGCAUGCAACAUCUCCUUGGUGAUUGACUGACACGAUGCUACUUUACACAGAUCUUUUUUUUCAGGCUGAAGCAGAGUGCUUGUGGUUUUGGGGACAUGAGUCCUUAAAAGUGUAUUGGUUUAAACUAAAAUUGUUUUAUUAGUCCACUGUUGUCAUGUCAAGGCUGUGCACCAUAUCUAUAAUCUCUAUUAGCUUUUGCCCUCAUGGACUUAAUACUGUACAGUGCAUACCACAAAGGCAAUCACACAUUUCCACUUGUUAGAUGAAGAAUGACCCAGGUAUCCCAAGAAGUGUGACAAGCGUUACCGUUGAUCAAAAUGAAGGUUGCUGGAUAAACAGAGCGAUGCUGAAGAAUCUGCAUGCUCCCUCUUCCUCAGACAACAGUGCCAAAAAAAAGCAGUAGCUCACCACUCAAAUGUUUCAUGCUUAUACUUCAGUCUGCCACUACUCUUCCAAAACAAUUGUAGAUACCCGUGUUACUAUCUGGAUUGUAACGCCAAGAGCGGAGUAGAUGAGGGAGGCUAAUCCUGUCAGUAUCGGGUCAGUUCUUCUCCGUGGCCAGUAGAGGUCCCCACAAGACUUCCACUUCCAGUUAGAUCAUACAGCUGCACCAAAGAUCAGUAGGCCUCAUAUUUCAGUGCUCACAGUGAAGCAGAAGCUGCUGUCCCAAAGCACAAUAAUAAAUGACACUAAACAAACUGAAAGGUGAGUGCAACCAUCUCACAGAACCCAUCUGCAGUUAAUGUGAACGGGCGUGUUUUCAUGGGAAUUACCCAUCAGGCAGUUUUGCUUUAAUACAAAGUUAAUACCACUACAGAGAACCAAAGCAGGGACAUAAAAUCAGGAGAGGGUUGGUUAAUGCCAUGUCUGACUGUAUAGAAACUGUUGUGUCAUAUCAAAUAAAAAGUGACUUUUUGAAAUGGA